AUAUACAACAUAUAUUUUUAUUAAUUAUAAUUAUUAUUAUUCGCGUGAUCGACAACCGCAGCAAGUUGCUCGUCCUAGUCGUCCUGUUGUUUUCUUCGAUUUGCGUUUCAACGUUUAUUGUCUCCUCUCGCCCGGUGGGGGGCCGUCCAUCCUAGUAGUUGUUAUCGCCUCUGUCCGUUGUUUUUGUUCCGUGUAGACUUUAUAGUGUAUUGUAUGUAUACCGUAGAUGUUAGCGUCAUACCGCAGCACUGCGAUAGCACGUACGAUUUUCCUCUUUGGCCGUCCAAAAUAUUGACAUCACACACGUCGCACCGACUUAAGUUUUCAGUACGAGCGCCCGUUGUCGAGCGCUGGUUUCAGUGAUUCGAACUGCAAGUCAAGAUCAUGAUUUCCGUAGAAGGUCAGAUUUAUUUCAACUGCCAGUUACAAAUUGUAUGCCUAGAAUUGCUGUAACAAUUUGCCAGAAAAUAAUUGCGUAUCAGAUGUUGUACAAUUUUUAUCAAAAAUGUUUAAAAAGGAAAUGGCAUUUAUUGCCUUAAUAGCCUUUGUGUCUACAAUAAAAUGUGAAAUCAACAUAUAUAACAGAAAACAACAACAGCUAGAUUUAGAGUUUUCUGAUGCGCCAUCCCUUUUUGGAGCGGAUAUACCUUCAGAUGGCAUUAAAGGUUACAUUUUGGCUGCUAACCCUGAAGAUGGUUGUUCUAAAAUUGAGUCUCCGCCCCAAAGUGGGAGUUGGUUUGCCUUAAUUAGGAGAGGAAAUUGUAAUUUUGACGUAAAAGUGAGGAACGCUCAAAAUAGCAACUACACAUUAGCCAUUAUAUUCAAUGUCAACUCUAGUUUGAUUGUGCCAAUGAAUGGUAAAAAUACUAGUGAUAUAGUGAUUCCAUCAGUUUUUGUUGGUGAUAGCACUGGGCUUAUGUUGAGAGACUACUAUGAUUAUAACAACGGCUUUUAUGUGAUUGUAGACAACAGUCAAUCCCCAUUUGAUAUAAACUUGAAUUUAUUGUUGCCAUUUGCUGUGAUUGUUGCGGUAUGUUUCUUCGCAAUGCUUGGGUUUAUGUUAGUUAAAUGGAUUAAAGAUCGUAGACGAGCAUUUAGACAUCGUUUACCUGCAUCUAUUCUACGUAAAAUUCCGAUCUCAACGUUUGUGAAAGGUGAUCCAUAUGAUACUUGUGCCAUAUGUUUAGAUGAUUAUAUGGAUGGAGACAAACUCAGAAUUUUGCCAUGUGCUCAUGCUUAUCACUGUAAAUGUAUUGAUCCAUGGUUGACACGUAACCGAAGAUUUUGUCCUAUCUGUAAACGUCGAGUAUAUGGGAAUAAUGAAGAUCUACAUGCUGUGGCAUAUUCUUCAGACACUGAUAGUGAUGAACAACCCAAUGACAGGACUCCAUUAGUUUCGCCUGGUAUUAAUAAUUCAAAUUCAUUAGGUGUUGGUACAUUCCGUAGUUUCCGAGGACGUAUAUUUACACGCGGUAGAUCUGCUAACACUGUUGAAGUGCAUGCUCCAGUCUUAUCAUCAAUCAAUGUAGCAAAUGCAGACUAUGAUACAGUUUCAUCUCAAACAGAUUCAUCAGACUCAAUGUUAUCAGAUUAUCAAAAUCUGUAUGAUCCACCACCAGCCGCCCGCCAAGCGGUUUCAUCAUCUUUGUCAAAUUCAGAAAUUAAUUUGGCUCCAGAACUGAUGAACAACACUGAACCAAGUAGAACAAAUGUGCAAAACCAUAUUGUUUAAAUAGCUUAUCAACAAAAAGCCWAAUAAAGUUUGAUUUUCUUUUUAUUGACUUUAUCAAUCACACAUCGCUUUUAAAUAGUAACAAAAUAUGAUUUAUUUUUCAUAGUUAAAAUAUUGUUUUCAUAGAUUUUUGAUUUAUUGCUAAGUUUUUUAAUCAUAUAAAUUAUUUUUGGUAAUAAAUAUAAACAAUUUAAAUAACUUAGACAAAAAAUGAAAAAACAGACUGCUCAGCUUCAAAUUUUAUUCUUACUCCAUUAACAAUUAUU